AUUGAUCCAGUGAUGGUGGGGUUAUAGUUAAUCCCCACUGCGAUUUCAUUUUCAGCUCCCAAUUUCUAAAUUAGGGUUUCUGCGGUCGUAUUUCCAUUGGAGAGGCGAAUUCAAUUCAAGACUACAGAAGAAGAACUCAAGAAGGAAAAAGAUGGUAGAGAGGAAACUGUACAAAACAAAGCUAUGUAUGUUGUUCCAGAGGGGCCGCUGCUCUCGCCAGUUCUGUAACUUCGCCCAUGGCGACGCCGAGCUCCGCCGCUCUUUCAAUGGUAUACGUUUCGUACAUAUUCUAUUCUUUAUUCGGAGAAACUCAGCUCGAAUCGCUCUAUUUUUACUGCAGCUUCCAGUUUCAAUUAAUCGAGUCUUUCAUUAAAGGAAUUUAAGUGGCUUCCAUUGUUUUCUGUCGCAAAUGAAUGUUUAGCAUAGAAUUUGUUAUAUGCUUGUGUUUUAUACUGUUUUUAGCUGAUUUGAGUGAGUAUUGGUAUAUCUUUUUGUUUAUGUUUGUGGGGGUAAAGGAUUAAAUCUUUUACUGACAACAGUUAUUUAGUCUGAAAUAUUCUGUAUCAUGAAUCAUUUUAUGGAGUUCUGGCCACAAGUCAUAGAAUUUCCUCUUUUAUGUGCAAGGAAAUUAAAUAUAACAUGAAUCUGAUUAACUCGGGAUAUUAGGUUAUAGUGCUGAGGGAUUUCUGGUACUCAGUUCUCUCUAGUUUUUGUUGUCUUUAACAUGUUUCAUACCCAGCUAUAAUUAUAGCGCCUCUUUACUGGUUAGCAACUUAGUUCCAUGAAUGGGUUUAUUUUUUGGUCUCCCUGCGUUCUGUUCAUGCUUCAGUGUGAAUUAAAAAUCUUUGCCCAAGAUACUGCUUGUCCACACUUUAUGAAUCAUUACCGACCUACUAACUCAGUACCUCUUAGCAGAAUGGAUUAUGCUGGUUGGUUUAUCAGUCUUAAUGCUGAUUUUGGUGUGUUUUUCUCAGCUUCUCCUCUUGGUUAAUCACUGUUCAUUUUUUAAUCUGCUGUUUUAUGUGAGGGGUCAGAGAUAGGCCUUUGGAAUUUCUGCAGUUUGUAGAGAAUGUGGUAUUAUCUUGAUCUAACUUCUAAAUAUGAAUGUCAAGGGCCAUCCCAAUGCUGGAUCAAUAUCCCACUAUAUUCUGCGCUAUAUAUAUUCUUGGAGAGAAUGGUAUUUUCUUCGUAUGGUUUACGUUGAAAGAUACUGUGAAGGGAUCUGCUGGCUUUCUUGGUUGGUGACUAUAGAGAUGAUAUAUAUGUAUUGCACGUGGAAGAAUAUAGUUAUUAAUUCCAUACAGGCAUGUGAAGAAUCAGCACCAUUGAUUUAUAUUUUUAUCACAGCGGGGCAGAGGAUUUCUAUAUUUUGAGUUGCUUCAAUGAUCCUUGAGUAUCAUUCUAUAAAAGCUCCCAGUAUAUCUUAUAUAUCUUUACACGAAGAGCCUUUAUUUCUAUGGCUCAUAUGGAAUCUGCAAGAAGGCACUAAACUUAUUAUUGUUAUGUUACUCAUUUGUUCUAGUAAUGGAAAUCAGGAGUUUCGAGGUGGUGGUGACUUGAGAGAAAGGCUCGACAGGAUCCGUUCUCCAUUGCGCAACUCACCAGAUAGACGAGACGCCAGAGCAAGACACACCUCUCAUGGAGAUAGUCCUCGCUCUCUUGGGAAAAGGAUUGACAGAAAUGUGCGGAAGAGAAGGCAAUUUGACGGUCAUAGUGAUUACUCCGGCAGAAUGUCGGAUGGGACUGAAGAUCAAAUCAAAGAUAGAAGACUGGCGUCCUCUGAAGCCAAAAUGCAAAUUGAUGAGCAGCUGAGAGAAAUACACUCUGAAAUUAAGCUGCUGGAGGAGGACAAGCAACAGCUACAGAUGUACCUAGAGGAAAAGGUUAGCGAAGCCGAUUCUUUGACUUUCAAAAUUCAUGAUCUUGAGAUGCAACUUUCUAAAGAGAAAGAAGAGGGUAAAAGGUUCUCUACAAAAAUAAAGAAGUUUAUUAAAGCACAUAACCGGCACUCGCGGUUACAAGACGAACUGAAGAGAUCACAGGCCCAGCUUCAGAAGUUGGGUGAGCAGCUUGAUUCGGACGUUGGUGUAGGCAAUGAGGAUGAUACAAAAACCAAAGCCUCGAGUGAUGAUGUAAAGGGCGGUUUUACUAGCCCACUGAAUGAGGGUCAACUGAAUUCUUCCCCGCGCAGGAAGAGAUCAUGUUUUUCCCUUGAAGCUCAGGAGGCAUCACCUCAAGUCGGGGGAAGAGCUGAUAUGGGCAAAGGUAAGGUAGAAAAGCCUCAUCGAUCAUCCAGGAACCAAGAGCAUUUUAGCAAUACCAAGAAAUCUGAAGCAGACGCAGAUACAUAUAAUAGUCGUUGGCGAUCAACACAUGAAGAAAAGUCCAGGAAAGGCUCAAACCUGCCCACUGAUACUGACUCUGCUGACAAGUACAAGGUAACAGAGACGGGCAUUAUACUGCCCUCAACUGGUAUAGCUGCUAAUGCAAUUGAUGAAGACGUCGAGGUUGCUGAAACAGAUGAGAGGUUUCAUGUCCUGUUGAACGGUGCUAAUGGGUCGGAAGAGAGAAUCAAGACUUUACGCUUACCAUUUCUGCCGCUCCCACCUCCUAUCCCUCAGAAUGCGUAUAUGCAGUACAAGGGUGACGAUGAGAAUGUGGACGUUGAUGGAGUAGACGAGGAGACUGCCGAAGUCGACAUUGUUUAAUGCAUCUCCUUUCUAUGCGUAAAACCAAAUUUGUAAGAUCUGGGGCUGUCUCCUUUGCAAAUUGUUGUACAGAAAUUAGGUUUGGUGUUCAUUUAUCAUUUCCCAUUAGAUCUACAUUUGGAUGGUAAUCACUAAUCACUUUUUGUAGUUCUCUGCUUAUAUAAAAAGUAUUAGAUCCA